UCCCUCUCCUCCUCCUCCUCCCGUAAUAUUAACCCCACGCCAACACGGCCUGACAAGCUCCCCCAUUCUCUCUCUAGCUUCCCUCUGCUCUGUUCUCCUCAGGAGCUCCGCCCGUCCCCCUCUCUCUCUCUCUCUCUCUCCCCGCAGCUCGCGGGGGCGCAAUGGCGACGAUCAACCUCCCUUCGAGAAUGUCCCUCCCCAGCCCCGAGGGGGCCGCCGCCGACCGCCUCUCCUCCGCCCGGAGCCCCUGCGACCUCCUCCUCCUCCCGCAGCCGAGGUGCCGGAGCUGGAGCCGGAGGAGCCGCGCCGGCGCCGGCAGGGGGCCGCCGGGCCGCCGCCUCGCCGCCGUCAGAUCGGUCAAGGUCGCUCCCGAGAGCCAGGGGCGCCCGCUCGCCGUGCAGAACGGGCCUCUCACCGUCGAUACGUCAAACUCUCCUUUUGAGGUUCAACCUGAUGACUAUGAAGUGAGCAAGGCUAGAGUAAGUGUGAAUGGAUUGAGAAAGACAAAGAUAGUCUGUACCAUUGGUCCAUCCACCAGCAGUCGUGAAAUGAUAUGGAAACUUGCCGAAAGUGGAAUGAAUGUGGCCCGUCUUAAUAUGUCGCAUGGUGAUCAUGCCUCACAUCAGAAAACUAUAGAUCUGGUCAAAGAAUACAAUGCUCAAUUUCAAGACAAGGUGGUCGCCAUUAUGUUGGACACCAAGGGGCCGGAAGUGAGAAGUGGCGAUGUACCUCAGCCAAUAAUGCUUAAAGAAGGACAAGAAUUUAAUUUUACUAUCAAACGAGGAGUGAGCACAGAGGAUACUGUUAGUGUUAAUUAUGAUGACUUCAUUAAUGAUGUUGAAGUAGGCGACAUAUUGUUGGUAGACGGUGGAAUGAUGUCAUUCGCUGUGAAGUCAAAGACGACGGAUUUAGUGAAAUGUGUUGUAGUCGAUGGUGGAGAAUUAAAGUCAAGGCGUCAUUUGAAUGUGAGAGGCAAAAGUGCUACUCUUCCUUCAAUAACAGAUAAAGACUGGGAAGAUAUUAAGUUUGGGGUGGACAACCAAGUUGAUUUUUAUGCUGUCUCAUUUGUUAAGGAUGCUAAGGUGGUCCUUGAGCUGAAAGAAUAUCUCAAAAGUUGCAAUGCAGACAUUCAUGUGAUUGUAAAAAUCGAAAGUGCUGAUUCUAUCCCAAAUCUCCAUUCGAUUAUUUCCGCUUCUGAUGGGGCAAUGGUUGCCCGUGGAGACCUUGGAGCUGAACUUCCAAUCGAAGAAGUUCCUCUAUUGCAGGAAGACAUCAUCAGAAGGUGUCACAGUAUGCAGAAACCAGUAAUUGUUGCUACAAACAUGCUAGAAAGCAUGAUCGAUCAUCCCACACCGACAAGGGCAGAGGUUUCUGAUAUUGCAAUUGCAGUACGUCAGGGUGCUGAUUCAGUAAUGCUUUCUGGAGAAACUGCUCAUGGAAAGUACCCACUGAAGGCUGUUAAGGUGAUGCACACUGUAGCUUUGAGAACCGAAUCAAGUCCUAAGACAUCUGCCACACCUAAGGUUCAGUUUGGCGCCUUUAAGAGUCACAUGGGCGACAUGUUUGCUUUCCACGCCACUACCAUGGCCAAUACCCUUAAUCUGCCAAUCAUUGUAUUUACAAGAACUGGAUCUAUGGCUAUUCUUCUUAGCCAUUAUCAGCCUUCAUCAAUUAUCUUUGCCUUCACAAAUGAAGAGAGGAUCAAGCAGAGGUUAGCACUUUAUCAUGGUGUCAGGCCCGUAUAUAUGCAGUUCUCUGAUGAUUCAGAAGAGACCUUUUCUCGAGCACUCAAGUUAUCAGUGAGCAAUGGCCUGCUGAAGGAAGGGGAGUACGUCACUCUAGUUCAAAGUGGUGCACAACCGAUAUGGCGCCACGAAUCUACUCACCACAUCCAAGUUCGUAAGGUCCAAGGAUGAUUUUGCACUUUAAAGAAGCUCACAUGUAGAAUAUUGUGAUCGCUGGAUUAGUUACGGGUAUUUUUGUACCAUCUUAAAUUAACCACGGGCAACUUUCAAUAUGUUUGAGCAGGAAUGAACUACCAAUAAUUUAAUGAAAUUUGAGAAUCAGAUCUUUCUCUCUGUUCCUCUUCACUGAUUGAGUUUUGGAAAUUUUUUAGCAUCACGGGUGGUAAGAAACAGCUGUAUGCAUUUCUAA